GUUUUCCUGGUGUCGGCAAAUCGUUUCAGCAAAGUGCCCCUCAGAAAAUGAAUUCCAGCAUUUUACGGUUAAUCUGGUGCUGCUUCACCAUAACAUGGCGCGAGCGAAGUUAACAUAAAGUGCGCAAGCGGAUCAACACGCAAAGAAAAGGGACGCGCUUGCGUGCGUGCGUGCAUUCGUGAUUCUGGUUCUGGUGUGCGGUUGACGCUCCUUCCCGGGGUGAUUAUGUGGUGAAGUGUGUCCCUGAAAGGUGGAUUCUCUUGUAGUGCGCGAAUUCCGUAAGAGCAUAAAGUGCAAAAGGUGCUGGUUUUGUUGUUAACGCCAGAAAAAAGCAGAGGAAAAAAGUGCUUCCGCCGGUGCUGUGAAGUGUGUACCGUCCGAUGGUCAUCCGCCUCCCACCCCGUGUUCGAUGGCAACCACGGCAACGGAACCGAUUAUGGCGGUUAAUACCCCAAAACGCCUAAAAACGAUGCUACCACAGUGUCACAAUUAUCUGAGUACGCCUCCGCCACCGUCGUCGAUGGGCAUCGGAUCGCCUCCACUCGAUUCGCCGUCACCGUUUGGUAAUUUCGACGCGCUGGCACCGACGACGACCACGACCGUAACCGUGGCAUCAGCAUCCAGCUCAACACAACAGCAGCAGGGGCAGCAUCAGCAACCACUCUGGAAUAAUUCAUCUAGUUGGCUGAGUGAAGCGACCAGCCCAUCCUCUAGCUGUGGCUCGCCGGAUGGGCUGCUGAACCGCAGCUUCAACGGUGGCCACACCGGCACCGGCACGCCGAAAACCUGGAGCUCAUCGGGCGGCGGUUCUGCCGAAAAAUCGGAAAACAAGCGGGGCCGGCCCCGCUCCGAGGCACUGACGACGCUCAUGGUCGAAGGAUCGAUUUCUCCGUCCGCUAUUAAAUGCCGGUACUGCAAUCGGGUGUUUCCGAGGGAGAAAUCAUUGCAGGCUCACCUCCGUACGCACACAGGAGAGCGACCUUACCAUUGCGAUUACCCUGGCUGUACACGCGCGUUUACACAGAGUGGUCAGCUGAAGACGCACCAGCGGCUACACACCGGCGAGCGGCCCUUUAUCUGUGCGGCAGCGCGGUGUCAGAUGCGGUUUACGCACGCCAAUCGCCACUGUCCGGAUCAUCCGUACGAGGCACUGAAGCGGUGUGAUGAUUUUGUCAUCCAAACCGUACCGGAACAGAACGGUGAGGUGCUAAAGUGGCUGGAAAAGUAUCGAGCCGAGCGAGAGGAUCGAACACCGACGCGGAAAACGCCGAAGCGCAACAGUAAUCGUGGCGGCGGCGGCGCUGGUGGUGAUCCAGUGACCGGCAGUGCCGGCAGUAAUCGGGGCACGAACAAUGAGAACGAAAACCAGCGCCCAUCGGUCGCGAUGCAACGGUCGAUGGAUAACGAUGAGAACAGACACCACGGUGGUGGUUACGGGACCGGUACUGGCUAUUGCCCGAAUGGUGCCGGUGGUGGAAUGGGGAUAGAUCAGUCACCGAUCACCCCGAACAAUACGUACAAAUCGAGCCGCAAGGGGUUGAUGUGUGAGCUCGACAUGAACGCUGGCCGUGGCCUGAUGGCCAGUCCGGUGACCACGAAGACGAAGACGAGCACACGCCCAAAGCUCAUCCAGUGGCAGGAACCGUUGGUACCGUCGGGCCACGAAGAGGACGAUGGGGAGCUGGUGGAAGGUUCGGGAGACGAGGAAUCCUGUGCGCCGGCACAGUCUACCUUUAAUCCGAAGAAAAAGUGGCUCCGGGAGGCAUGGCAGGAUGAUUUGGCGAAACCGCUCGAACCGAACGUGAUCUCGCAGAAGGUGUUCGCCUCGACAACAUCAACGAUGGCCCUGAAGCAGCAGCUACAUCAGGAAAGCAGCAGUAAACAUUCACCAGUGAAGAGAGCGUUCGGUCAACAGUCCGGUACUGGUCACCGGCAGCACCAGCAGCCACUUCCUCGCAGCAGUGCCACCGGCGGUCUACCGGUGCCCGUACUGAUGGGAACCACAGUAGCAACGGCAGCACCAGCUACCACACCACUACCCGUACCGAUUAUCGAUCCCAAUCAAAUGCGCCCAACGGUGCUGAUGGUGGCGAGCAAAGACUGUGCCCGACCGCUCUGUGAUCAACCGGCUGCCCUCCUAACCAACGGUCAACGAUCGGUGGCCAGUGGUGCACCGAAACCGGAGGAAAACAAUCGCAAACUACAGGGUGCUCUCGCACUGAUGCAACUGGCCACGGAGGACGCACAGGUCGGUGGCGUCGUUGCAGUGGAAGAUGAGCAGCUUAAUGGAACGGAAACGACGCUGUGUUACGGGUACGAUGGAACCGGUAACGGUGCAACAACAACAACAACAACCGUGGUACUAACCGAGACGGAACCAGUGUUUCAUUCGCCACCGCUGGAGUACAAUGUGAGCGACACAAACGGUGGGAGCGAAAUUUACGAUUGACAUUUUUCGAAUGAGACGAGGAUGUGCGUGAUUUCCAAAGAAAGCAACCAACAAUCGAAGAGGCGCAAGGACUCCAAAGAACGUCUGCUUCUCGGGUUUAGUUAGAGUUGUACGUUAGGCUAGGCGUACGUGGGUGUACAGAGUGUGGAAGGAAGAAGACGUAGGUUAGCUAUUAUUCCCUGUGAUUAGUUUAAAGAAUCCUCUCCCCUAUCCCUCUCUUGAUGCGUCACUUACACUGAUUACGAUUAGGAUCUGCUAAACGAGCGGAUUAAAUCCUACCCUUUUAAAAUUAUGGUAGUCAGCUACACUCAUCCAUUUUGCUACCUUUCUCCGUUUUGGAAUGGUUAACAUCACGAACAACCGCUGUUUAGGGCGCCCUGUUUUGCUUUUGCUAUUUCGGUUCAAUAACGCUAACGCUACUGAUUAUGUUUUGGAGUAAAUUGUUUUUAAAAUUUCCUCAAAAAGUGUACUUUAUAUAUUAUCGCUGCAGCAACACGCUGAUCGAAUGAAUUAAUGGCACUGUAAAUUAGUGUAAGCAAACUGAAGAGUAAUUUAUUAUUUUUUCAUUUAUAUAAAUUUCAUUUCAAUCCACAUACAAUCCGUGGCGAAACUGAUAACAUUUUGCGUCGUUGUGUAUAGCAGC